AUGUUCCUCCGUCAACACGCUUAUCUUAUCUUAUCUUAUCAAAACAACCAUCAUAAACGUUCUCGCAAUUUCGUCAUCUCUCCGCCCAACUGCUUAUCGCGACAAAUUCUCCCCAUGAGCUCCUACGCCUCUCAGCUGUCGGGUUACAUUGACGGCUGGCUCAGUACCUUUAUUGACGAUAAAACCAGCGAUCUGAAAGGCGAAGCGCCCAUACUCAAUUGGAACGACAUGCCAACGCCGCCGUCUUCGGAUCUAGCUCAAUCAACGCCAACAGGCAACAGAAGGCGCUCGCCGAAAAGACCGAGACAAGAUGUCAGCCCCAUCGAUGCAGAUGCGCACAAUAACCAGGGCAACCCGUUCGAUGACCAGACUCCAACUGGGCCGCCACGGACAUUACAGAUGAGCAUUCCCUCUCGACCAUUCUCCAACCCCCCAACCCUACCGCCCUCAUCUUCCGCAUCAGGCGCCUCAAGUCAUUCCCGAUCGUCAAGCCCCGUCAAGCGCUCUACGCUCGAACUACUUCAAAAGCCCGUUCGUUUCAUACCGAUGAAGAAAUCCCAUCUGCCGAAACAUAUACACAAGACAUAUGAUACGAUCUUCAGCACCGCGCAUGGCAACAACUUCAUUCCUAAUGCAGUAAGAGAAGAACUGGAGAACAGCGAUGAAGAUAUCUUGCCACAGUGGUUCUUUGAGCAUCCAGCUAGUAAAACGCCAGAAUACAAUAACGAACUUGCUGCCUUGCGAGAGAUCCAAGAUGCUGCGAUUUCACGUCAGACGCAAGGCGCUUCAGAGUCAGCUUGGAACGUUGACGUCCAUGGACCAUUACUCAAACUGGCUCUCAAGCCAUUUCCGUCACUAAAACGCGAGAUUAUCACACAUGCAAACAUCAGCAAACCCUUCGUCCCUGAUGUGCGAACUGAUUCAUACUAUAACAUGACAAAGUCUAAAAUGAUUGACUGGGGAGUUACAGUAUCGCCCUCAAAAGCGACAGCACAGCACAUCAGCAAAUUAGUUGACAGUCUCCCGCAUAACCAACGCUCAAUUAACCAGACGAUCUACGGACCGGUUAAGAACAACCCGAUCGCUGUAUCUAUUGAGAUAAAAGUCGCGAGCGGAUCACUUGAAGAAGCAAGAGGGCAGUUGGGACUUUGGAUAGCAGAAUGGCAUCAACGGAUGAGUUUGCUUAGGAAGAGUGAGGAGAAGAUUAUUACAGUGCCGCUUAUCAUGGUUAUGGAACAUGAGUGGAAACUGAUGUUUGCCGUUGAUCGAGGGGAUGCGAUUGUGAGUCCCGUGCUUAUUAUGUAA